AUGCCGUCAACGACCGUCGCACAGAAUGCUCGCGCAGCCAACAACCGACGCCAAACGCAGGACAACGACCGCCGAAGACCCGAGAGACCAACACAAAUCCUCGACAUCAACGUAUGGGGAAGCGGCGAGAAUUGCGAACUAGGCCUCGGCCCGCGCAUCACGCAGGCUCCGAGACCCCAUACGCAGAAAUCUCUCCUGCCCUACGACAUUGUCCAGAUCUCUGCCGGCGGCAUGCAUUGCGCCGCGUUGACCAGCCACGGCGAGGUACUGACGUGGGGUGUCAACGACGACGGUGCACUGGGCCGUGUGAAAACUCCAGAUGCACCUGAGGAGGGCCCCCAGGACCUGCUGGACCCGUUUGAGAGUACACCUGGCCUGGUGCGUUUUGAACAUGAAGUCGAUGUCGUCCAGGUUGCAACGACGAAUAGCGCAUGCUUCGCUCUUACUUCCGAAGGAACCGUGUACGGCUGGGGUAGUUUUGCUGGAGGAGACGGCAACUUUGGCUUCCUUUACGAUAAACCGCCAAAAACCACCGAGCCGCUACCUGUGCAUAUUCCCGGCCUGAAUAGCAUCGUGGAGCUAGCGGGUGGCGCGAACCACGUGCUUGCUCUCACUCAUGACGGCGACAUCUUUGCUUGGGGGUCCGGCGAACAGAACGAACUAGGCAGACGCCUCCUCGCUCGUCGCCGCUUCGAGAGCCUUAUUCCCCAACGCGUAGGCUUGCCUAGGCACCAGACGGCCAAAAUCUUUGCAGGGUCGCACCAUAGCUUCGUCAUUGACGUCCACGGAAAAGUCUGGGCCUUUGGGCUGAAUAACUUUGGCCAGUGCGGCGUCCCGACACGGGAAGACACUGGCUUUACGACAAUCAUAUCUCCAACAGUCGUCAAGAGUCUUGAGGGAUACUCGAUCCACCACAUCGCCUGCGGUCUUCACCAUUCCAUUGCUUGCACCAGCGAAGGAGAAGUCUUGGUUUGGGGUCGGUGCGAUGACGGCCAAAUGGGUAUCGAUCUAAACGCCGUGCCCCACGACAACAUCAUCUUCGAUUCGAGAGGGGAGCCAAGAGUACUGAAUGUCCCGACUGUCGUUCCUGUAUCUGGUGCCGACUUUGUUGCGGCUGGAAUCGAUAAUUGCUUCGCAGUUUCUCGAGGUGGUGACGUGUUUGCUUGGGGGUUCUCAGUCAGUCAUAAUACCGGACUUGCCACAACUGAAACCGUGAGAGAACCGACAGAGAUGCGUCGCAAGGGUCCUCGGACGUUCGUCGAUGCGGGCGGCCAGUUUGGUAUCUCAGCAGGACCAAGCUUGCGUUGA